AGGAUGUUCUUAGGGAAUCUGUAAAGGAUAUUUCUCGGGCGGAUCUUAGUGAUUUAAUUAAAACUGCUAUGUGGAGGCCCGAUAAAGAUAACAAGAGUGUCCAGUGCUUUAUGUCACGAAUGCGGGAUAGACAUACCCGUGAAGAGGCAGAUGCCAAACGGCUCAUAAAAAAGGGCCUAACACCCGAACCUUAUCUUUAUGAAAUCCCAGAACCAGGCAAGCGAUUUGAAUUUGUUGUAGUUGAGAAUGAUUUAUCACAGAAGGUAGGUGAUAAAAUGGAGUACCCAGAAGUGGCCAGACAACUUGGUAAAAAAAUCGAUAUUAGUUAUUAUCUGAAUAGUGUUGUCAGCCUCUGUGCAUGUUUUAUAAAUUAUGAAGAUAUAUACCAACCAUCACCCGAAGCUGUGCUGGACGCCUUAAAAAAGUUAAAAGAUGCUAAUAAAGCAAAACAUGUCAGA